UUUAAUCUUAGAUUAUAUGCCCAAUGGGAGCCUAGAGGAAUGGUUGCAUUCUUACGACUGUUCCUUGGAUUUCUUGCAAAGAUUAGAUAUCAUGAUCGAUGUAGCUUCUGCAUUGGAUUAUCUGCAUCAUGGUUAUUCAUCUCCAGUUGUGCACUGUGAUCUAAAGCCUGGCAAUGUUUUGCUAGAUGAAGAUAUGACAGGUCACCUGAGCGAUUUUGGAAUUUCCAAGUUACUUGGUGGAGGUGAAAUUACAGCACAAACAAAGACACUCGCAACAAUUGGCUAUAUUGCACCAGAGUAUGGAUUUGAGGGUGUAGUAUCCACAAGGUGUGAUCUCUACAGCUUUGGUAUUCUUUUGAUGGAAACCUUUACAAGAAAGAGGCCAACUGAUGAAAUGUUUGGCGAAGAUUGCGGAUUGAAGGACUGGGUGAUGGAUGCGCUGCAAAAUUCAGCAACCCAUUUCAUUGAUAGCAACCUAAUUACUCUGAGGGACGAAAAUUCAAACAAAAAGGUGCAAUGUGCAUUAUCGGUCAUGGAAUUGGCCUUGAGGUGCAGUGCUGAAUCACCAGAGCAGCGCUAG